AUGUCGCAGCCUCAGGCCUUCACGCAGGGUCCGCACAAGCUGCUUGUGAUUCCCGGUCCCAUCGAGGUCGCCGACGAUGUGCUCCUGGCAAACGCGCACCCCAGCAUGUCGCACGUGUCGCCCGACUUUGUCCCCGUCUUUGGCGACUGUCUGCGCAUGCUGCGCCACGUGCUCUUUGCGCCCGAGGCGCAGCCCGUCAUCACCGCCGGCAGCGGCACCCUCGGCUGGGACCACGUGGCGGCCAACGUGUGCGAGCCGGGCGAUGAGGUCCUCGUCCUCAACUCGGGCUACUUUGGCGAUUCGUUCGCAGAGUGCCUGGAAGUGUACGGCUCCAAGGUGACGCAGCUCAAGGCAGCCAUUGGCUCCAAGCCUUCGCUCGACGAGGUCGAGGCCGCGCUCAAGGCCAAGAAGUACAAGGUGCUCACCUUUACGCACGUCGACACAUCCACGGCCGUGCUUUCCGACGCCAAGGGGCUCGGCGAGCUGGUGCAGCGCGUCUCGCCAGAGACGGUGCUGGUGCUCGACGGCGUCUGCUCGGUGGCCAGCGAGGAGAUUCGCAUGGCCGACUGGGGCAUCGACGUGGUCCUCACGGCCAGCCAGAAGGGCCUCGGCUGUCCGCCCGGCCUCAUGAUCCUCGCCGCAAGCAAGAAGGCCAUUGCCAAGUUUGAGGCGCGCAAGCAGCGCCCCAACUCCUACUACGCCAGCUGGGCAAAGUGGCUGCCGGUGAUGAAGGCGUAUGAGAGCGGCACUGGCGCCUACUUUGGCACGCCGCCGACGAACCUGCUCUACGCGCUGCACGCCUCGCUCACCACCAUUACGACGCGCUCUCCGUCGCUCGAGGAGCGCUUCGCGCUGCACAAGGCGGCGUCGCGGCGCGUCAAGGACUUUGUGACGAAGCUGGGCCUGCAGCAGCUCGUGGCCGACGGCAUCAAGGACGGCGCCAAUGGCAUGACGGCCGUCAAGUAUCCCGAGGGCAUCAAGGCAGGAGACCUGCUGCCAAAGAUGGUCGCCAAGAACAUCAUCAUUGCCGCCGGCCUGCACAAGGAGGUCAAGGACACGUACUGCCGCAUUGGCCACCUUGCUUUCCCCCCCCCCUCUCCACCACCUGCGCGCAGUGUGUGA